AACAAAGCGAGGAGUGACUCACAGCUGUCAUGUGUACUGCGUUGCCAAUAAUCUAUUAUCUAUUAUGCGCAUGUAGUCGGAUGGUUUUGUGUGAUAGUGCGAAUGACGAUAAUAUGAACGAUGGGAGACUUGGGAAGAGCGGAGUGUUUUUUGGCGCUUAACCAUUGAUAAGUUUGGUUUGUCUGUCAUUCUUAUUUGACAAAAAAAAUCGAGAAACGUCCUUAGUCAGACAAUAUAAGCCGAAAAAUGGCGGAGACACCUUAUUUUGGACAAAAAUAAUAUAAAAAAAAUUACUCAAAGCUAUCUAUCUUCACUGUAUUUCACUUGUUUCUCUCUUCUGCUUUUAUUUUUCCUAGACCGUUUCUCACCUCAUGCCACGAUCCACAUUUCCUGCUGUCAUUUCUUUCUCGGACCGAAACGAGGAAUCCACCCUUGUGACCGAUAAACCAAACGAUACCGAAGAAGACUUUGCCAAACUCAUUGCAGAAGCAGUGGAUGUCCAAGAAAUCGAUAUCAAUCUGUACAUGAGCAAGGAGCUCUGGUUACCUUUGGGGGCUCGAGGUGCUUUUGGUGGACAAAUUGUGGCGCAAGCAUUGAGAGCGGCAUUUAAUACUGUGCCUGAGGAAUAUCAUAUUCAUUCACUUCACAGCUAUUUUAUUCUCCCAGGUAAUGUGGAGAUCCCCGUGAUCUACCAUGUUCAACGACUUCGCGAUGGACGUUCUUUUGUUACACGAUCCGUCACCGCCACCCAAAAGGGCCGAGCCAUUUUUAUCUGCAGUUUCAGCUUCGCCAAACAAGAUGACAGCAUUUCUCUUAACCAUCAGACCAUCAUGCCAGAAGUAGCCGAUCCGGAAACUCUGCCUUCUGAUACCGAACGUCUUCAGCAAUACCUGGCAAAUAACGAGUUGUCGCCAAAAAUGCGCGAAUACAUUCAAAAACGAAUCGAAGAGAGCUCCCCGGUUGAUUAUCGUGAUCUGGAUGUCGCUCGACAAGAAGAUGUCUUUUUAUCCGACAAAUUGGCAGCAUCGGAAGUUUCGCGAAGAUGGUUUAAAACUCGUGGGCAGCUUGGCGAUGAUGCUCGUCUUCAUGCGUGUAUCAUUGCUUAUGCAUCGGACAGUGGAUUUAUCGGGACGGCCGCUCGAGCCAACGGAGUACCUCAACGGCAAAUUGGUAUGAUGGCCAGUUUGGACCAUUCCAUGUGGUUCCAUGCUCCAGCAAGAGCUGAUAAAUGGCUUUUGUACGAUAUUCGUAGCCCACGGACUAAUUCGGGAAGGGGAGUUGUUCUGGGUAGUAUUUACAGUCGAGAUGGUACACUGAUUGCCACCACGGCUCAGGAAGGCAUUGUUCGAUUAUCCAAGAAAGAACAGGAGCGACGUGCCAACCAAGCCGGAUCAUCAUCCGAGACAUCGCUGCCCAAGUCGGGCCAUGCCAGCAAACUAUAAAAAGGUCACUAAUUAUUUAACCGGCAGAGCACAGUGCAACCUUUGUCCGUAUUUAUUACCACGCUAUAGAUUAGAUUAUAUCAUUCCAUUCUUUAUUUGUAUUUUUCCCUUCUUCUUAUUGUUUGCAUAAUUCAUUUGGAGCCAAGC